AUGACCAUGGAAGAUAAACUAGUGAUCAACGAGCUGGAGCAAGGGAGAGAGCUUGCGAAACGAUUGAUGAGCAAUCUCAAACACACUUCUUCAACCGAAUCCAGCAAAGCCUUGAUAGAUGAAAUUCUCCGUAUUUACCAUAACGCCAUUUUCAUCUUGAGCUUCAAAGACGACGACAAGAACAAGCAAAGCCUUCAGAUCAUCGAUGACAAGGAUUCAAAACACGUGUCUAAAAAGAGGAAAAUAUCUGAGAAGAAGAACGAGAAAGUUCGGGUUUUUGUUGGAGCAGGACAAGAAAAGGGUCCUAAUGAUGAUGGUCAUUGCUGGAGAAAAUACGGACAGAAAGAGAUUCACGGAUCUAAGAAUCCAAGAGGAUACUACAGAUGCACGCAUCGAUUCACGAAGAACUGUUUAGCAGUGAAGCAAGUCCAGAAAUCAGACACAGAUCCUUCGAUUUUCGAAGUGAAGUAUCUCGGAAACCAUUCUUGCAACAACAACACAUCGUCCACGAACAAGACGAACUUCUCUGUUACGAUGUUCGAAGAAGGAAACAGAGCAUUAUAUGAAACAGAGAAGCCAGCAGAUGUUGUUAAGCCGGAGAAAACCGAAGAAACGAGGGUAAGUCUUGAGGAUCUGGAGAGCAAGAAGAACAUUUUCAGGACGUUUUCUUUCGCUAACCAUGAGAUUGAGAAUGGUGGUGGUGUUGGUGGUGAUGGCUGGAGAAGUAACAUUUUCCCGGAAAAUCUGGUGGAGAAACUGUCUCCUUCAACGUCAGGGUCUGGAAUUACGACCGAGAUUGCGACUGCUCCUGCUUCCGUUGAGAUUUCGGAAACUGCAGAUUCGUAUUUCUCGUGUUUGGACAAUAUUAUCGAUUUUGGACAGGAUUGGUUGUGGUCGUAG